CUCUUCAAGAAGCUUCUGGGUCUGACUACAACAUUGGAUGACCUUAAAGAGCUGUCUCCAACUGAAGCACGUGGCUUACAGUAUGUGUUGGAUGAAGAUGAGGAGGUUGUUGAAGCGCUGGAUUUGGUUUUCAUGGACAAAGGGCAAGAACUGAUACCAAAUGGAGAGGAGCUCCCAGUUACCAUGGUCAACAGGAAGAAAUAUGUUGACUUGUAUGUUGACAUGAAGCUCAACAAGUCAGUGCAGAUUCAGUUUGCAGACUUUGAGAGCGGCUUCUACAAAGGCUGCCCUACACAGACAUGGAGGAUGUUUCUACCUGAGGAGCUGAUGACACUUCUACAAGGAGAUGACAACUACGAGUGGGACAAGUUGAGAGAGAAUGCCAACUAUCAAGGAUAUAGGCCCACAGAUGACAUCAUCCAGAACUUCUGGAGUGUUUUCACAGAGUUCUCAGAGGAGGAAAAGAAGAAGUUCCUAACUUUUCUGACUGGAACCGACAGACUGCCCAGAGGACGAAGUCUCUCCAAACUGCAGAUGCAAAUCACGUCUUUGGGCAGCACUGACGCUGAUGAAUAUUAUCCGAAAGCACAAACGUGCUCUGUGACAUUAUGCCUCCCUAACUACAGCAGUAUCGACACACUACAGGAGAAGCUUCUCCAUGCUAUAACCCACUGUGAUGUGUUUGGAGAUGCUUGAAAUGGGAAGCAUGUUACUAGUAGCCUAGCAGUUUGUUUUUAUCUACGUCUGUCAAUAUUAUGAAUUUAUUUAGUCAAUGAAGCACAUUCAGAGCUAACAACUGAAAAUAUUCAGACAUUAACAGCAGUCUUUAUAAAUAUAAACUUUCAUAAAUGCUUAAUGUUUUUUCCAGUGAAACCACUGUUAAUAGAAACAUUUACGCCUCCUCCGGACCCCUCGUAGCCUAAUGUGCAGUUGAUUGGUCAAAUAAUUAUGAACUAAAUGAAUGAAAGCCAAUCAUACUUUAAUGAUCAAACAGUGGAGAAAAUUGAGAGAAAUUGAGAGCUCUUUAUCUCUUUACAGAUUGGCUGUGGGUAUGAAUUCUUAGGAACCCUCUUUCGGAAAUGUUUGAAUUUUAGCUAACCUUAACCAUUUUUCUAUCCUUAACCUAAUUCUCCUAAUCUGCUACAUUAAUUAUCCUAAUUUGCUGUGUAAAUUCUCCUAAUCUCUUACGAAAAGUGAAAUUCUAGUAAAUUCUGACAAACUGUAGGAUAUUCCAUCUUGACAAAAAAAACUUUUCCUGGUAGCUAAAGGUCCGAAGAUUCUGAGAAAGUGCGUAAUUCUCUACCUUAUGCACAGCCUCUGCUACAGUUUGGCUGCCCAGAGAACAGGAUACUCAGGUGAAUGGUGCUUGUUUAAUAAAGUUAGAUCAAAGCUGAAUCAAUGUCUGCAAGAUCACGUGAUAGUAUUCUACGUAACAGAAUGAAAUAUAAUAGCAUCAGGGCUGUAGCUACAUAAGAGGACAAAUGAAAAUAAGAUCAGCUUUAAUAUUGCUGAUAGAUUGAGGCUUCUGUCAAUGUAGUUGUCUGCAUCAUUUCCAAACCCCAUAUAUUUUUGGGGUAAAUACAGUGAUAUAUAUAUAUAUAUAUAUAUAUUUAUUAUUUGUAUCCCUAAACGUACCAUUGAUAUAUAUAAAUAUAUAUUAUUUGUAUCCCUAAACGUACCACCCGUCCCCUAAUUGGAGUAAACUAAUGGACAACAACACUUUGGCUUCUACUUCCAGUUCAUACAUACAAUAUACAUUUUAUGGAUACAGUAUAUUUUACAUUAACUAUCUUUUGUUUGUUUUUAGUCCCAUCCUUCAGCUACCUUCAACCCCUCCCAUCUAUCUUUGAAGACCUCCCAGUUUGAUUUCUCUUUGCUAUUAUAUUUCUUUCAACUGUGCUGUGUAGGGCCUGAACUUAUUGUUGAGAGUUAGAAUAGUAGAAUACAUAUUCUGCAAUUGGCAGUUUUCCUCUUGUUAUAUGUCACUCAAUUAGCCCAUGUUAAUUCAUAUUUUACAGAUUGGUACAUUAGCUAUCUAAACUUGUACAUUUUAGAAGACAUUCUUAUCCAGAGCAAUUAGAGUUAAGUAACUUGCUUAAGGGCACAUCAGCAGAUAUUUUACCUAGUCGGCUUAGGGAUUCAAUCCACCAUGUUUUCGGUUACCAGCUCUUAGCAGCUAGGCUACCUGCUACCAUGUAGUUGUCAUGGCCAAAUUACUGACCAGGCACACAGGGCACGUGCCCAGGGGGCCCCCAUUGAUUUGGUUAGUUGUUCUCACUCAGAUAUCAUGUUAACAUGACAUAAGUCAUGGUAAAAUGUGUAGAAUUGCAGGAAAUUAGCUGUGGAACUGCAAAAAAAAUACAAGUUCUGUAAUGCAAAUGUAUUUGUUUACCUUUUGUUAAUAAAAUACUUUUUCUGC